GGGAGGGAAGUUUUCCUUUUUCAAUCUUCCUUUCUCUUUUUUUUCUUUUUGAAAAGGUUCUGACUGACGCAAAAGUUCCAAAAGUGUCUUAAAACUCUCGUAAAAGCUCAUGGGUGUGCCUUGUUCUCCUCCUUUUGCACCGAUGCCGCCAGCUUGGAGGAGAGCUGAAGAUGAAGGACAGGUUAGAGGAACUGAAGAACCGAGUGAAUGAAGACACGGAUGCUUGGGAGCUGGAGUCGACACUUUCCUUCGACAACCCUGUCUUCAAAGAGGAGGAAAGCAAUCCCAUGAUCAAAGUGUUCCAGGAAAUCAGCAGCCUCUCCUUGGCUCUGGACAAACUGGAGGAAUUAUCGGAGGACAUCGACAAGAAGCAACAGCAGGUCCUGUGCUGCACCACGGAGGAGAGCAUUUGCGAAGAAAAGAAAGAGCUCAGUCAAGUCAAGGACUAUUUCACCAAGGAGGCCAAAACUCUUCAACCCAAGUUCAAUGGCAUCCAAGAGUCCCUCACCAGAGACAGCCGGCAGUGGCUCGCUGUCCACCGCAUCCGCCAUACCCAACUUUCUGUCUUGGUCAACCGCUACCGUGAGAUCAUCACCCGCCACUAUGCCAAGGAGACCCAGUACGUGGAGAAGCUGAAGGAGCAAAUCAGGAGACAGACAGAAUUAGCUGGCUUGAGUCUCCAGGAGGAGGACAUCAAGCACCUGGUGGAGAGCCCAAUGGCCCCCCGCAUUGUGGGCCAAGACCUGGAGGUGCUCAAAGCCAAGCAACACUUAGCCUUGGCACAAGUGCGGCACCAACAGCUGCUGGACUUGGAGGCCCAGAUCAGUGAGCUCCACUCUCUCUUCCUACACUUCGAGGUCCUGGUUGCUGAGCAAGGGGAGACCAUCAACAACAUUGAGUACAAUGUCAUCCACACCCUCGAUUACAUCUCCCAGUCGAACGAGGAGGUCAAGAAAGCUCUUAAAUAUGAGCGGCAGUCUCGAUUUUCGGCAGCAUUGUCAGCGUUACUUGGCCUGUGUGCCUGCUGCACGUGUGUUUCAUGUCUGGCAACUCCAAGCGUGGUAGGCUGACUCAAUAUUUGGAAGGUGGGCAUCUCCUCCAAAGGGAAAUGGUGUUGGACCAUUGGAUGUAUUCAUCGACAAGGGUCGCUCCAAGGUGAAUGGGCAUCUUCUGGACAAAUGCAUCCAGAACGACUGUUCAAUACACUCCUGUGUUCACAGAGUUUGUCAAGAGUUUUGUUCUGUUUUUAAGAACAUAAGAAAGGUCUUGCUAGGUUAUAAUAUGUUUUUUGUAACCUAGUAUCCUGUUUCUGAUAGUGCACAGUUGAAGCCCCAUACAGGUGUUUCCAAUGACUGGUGGUCAGUGUUUUGUGCACAUUUGAAGGCUUCAUCUGACUUUGUUAUGUGCCUAUUUCUGACGUAAGAGAGACAUAUCAUGAAGGGUUUUGGUUUUUUUUGCAAAAUUGGUUCAGAGGAGGUUUGCUCUUUAUCUUCCUCUGAGUCUGAGAGAGUGUCACUUGCCCAAGGACUUUCCAUGACUUAGCAGGGACUUGAACCCUGUCCUCUGAAGGCAUAGUCCAACUAACUAUGGAUGAAAGCAAUUUAUGGACCUGCCCUACAUCAAUUUGGUUACACAUUCUUAGUCCUUCCCCCCUUCCCCACAAUUUUGGUGAUGACACAACAGCAGUGGAAUAUACUUCUCUAGUUUUAGGACCAUUCAGUUACUGGUAGAUUAGGUCAAACCAGUUCUCAAUGGAGGAUUCUUGAUUCGUCAUCUUAUCCUGUGUUUUGGGUGGUCACCAACAUCCAGCUCUCAAAGAAAGGAAUCUUUGAUGGGUGCUUUAAGACACUCUUUUUGAUUUGAUGGUUUUUCCUGUUCCAAGAACAGAGACUUUGCUUUGAAAACCCAGGAAUGGUCCUAUCAUCCAGCAGGAAGGAGAACCUGCUUCAUGCAGUAUCACCAGUUGGGGUGGGUAGGACUGUACACCGUUCUGGAGGAUACAUCAGGAAGUUUUAAAUUUUGGAUCUAAGUGUGUGCUGCAUAAUCCAAUUGGGUUUCACUCAGUCAUCAACAUCUCUUGGGUCAACUUGGGGCCCUUCCACACAGCCAUAUAAUUCAGAAUAUCAAGGCAGAAUCACCCACAAUAUCUGCUUUGAACUGGUUUAUCUUAGUCCAUGCUACCAUGUAUCCCAGUUCAAAGCAGAUGAUGUGGAAUUUUAUUCAGCUGUGUGGAAGGAGCCUUGGUGAAAACAGGUUCUGGUUCAACAGCAAACUUUGCUGAGUUCUAGUUCCAGUUAGACUUUCUGCAUUACUAGUCAAAGAGAUCUCAUAGCACGUUUGAGCUUGAAUGAAAGACUUUGUAGCCAUGUUUAUAGAGUUUUCUGAAAACUUGAGAGUAGCGUUUCUCAACCUGAGGGUCGUG